UUAAGUUAUAAGUGAUAGCUUAGAACAAAAGAAUAAGAGAGUUCUUCCCCCACUAUUUCCCUCUCAUAAAACAAACAAAAAUUAGAUCCGAAGAGUGAGAAAUCAUACUCUGAAGCUUGACUAAUUUCUUUGUAUACCAUUUUAUAAUUUUCAUGUAUUAAGUUGUAAAAUGUACUAUGUGGCCAAGAGGCCUAAGAUUAUGUUCAUAAUAUUAAUGCAUUUCUUCUACUAGUCUCCCAUUUCUUCUACUAGUCUCCGACUAUUUUCCCUCACAAAACUCAAAACCCACCAAAUAAGGUUUUCAAAAAACCUCACAAAGAAAAAAAAAGAAAAAAAAUCCUCAUCAUUUCUUGAUGAAGAUUAGGAGAGAAGUCCAUAUUCAAAUAUCAGACCGACGGGAACAAACCCGCGCUUCUUCGGCGAGUUGGACAAAGAUUUUUUAGCAGAAAAUUGAGAGAAUUCCGAAGAACUCUACGUGAGUUCUUUGAAAAACUUAGGAUCUUGAAGCUGAAGAUAAUUUUGUCUAAAUCUUUAUACAUACACGAGAGAAAGAACCGAAAAGAAAUUGUUAGCGAAUUGACCUCGCUUGUGGAUGAAGUCAAUUUGGUAAAUUCUCAGUGGCUGACAUAGCAUAAGAUCACAUAACAUAAGACUAUUAGUCAUUUGAAUUUGAAAGUGGGAGGGCAUCCGUCCAAAUUUCUCAAAGAGAUCCCUUGAAUGGUACAAAUGGUCUAAAAUUGACUCACCGGUGAAGAGAUGGCCAUCGUAAACGGAGGCACUCGAACGGUGUCUGCAAAUUUGAAUAUGGGAGGAGAAAAACCGAAGGUGGUCGUGAUUAUGGGGCCGACUGGUUCUGGGAAGUCACGUCUCGCUAUUGAUUUGGCUUCUUACUUCCCCGUCGAGAUCAUCAACGCCGACUCUAUGCAGGUUUAUCGAGGUUUAGACGUUCUCACAAACAAAGUUCCCCCCGAAGAUCAAAAUGGAGUACCGCAUCAUCUUUUAGGUACGGUGAGUCCAGACGUUGAAUUCACGGCUAAAGACUUCCGAAAUUCUGCUGUUCAUGUUAUUGAUGGCAUAAUUUCUCGUGGAUGCUUGCCAAUGAUAGUGGGUGGAACAAAUUAUUAUAUACAGGCUCUUGUUAGUCCGUUUCUUCUGGAUGAUUCUGCAGAAAAUGUUGGUGGAGGUUGUUCCAUUUAUCCUGGAGAUGAAGGGCUGGGUGUUGAUUUGGAUGAGUGCAGAGAUGGUUUGAAGUAUGACCAUAACCAUCUUAAAGAGAUUGAUCCAGUUUCGGCUAACAGAAUCCACCCUAAUAACCACAGAAAAAUAAAUCAAUACCUAAGUUUGUAUUACCGCACUGGUGUUCUUCCCAGCACACUUUUUCAAGGAAAGGCUGCUGAGAAUUGGGGUCAAGCCGAUAGUUUCAAAUAUGAUUGCUGCUUGAUAUGUGUUGAUGCUUCUGUUCCACAACUUGACGAACAUGUUGAUUCUAGAGUUGACAUCAUGAUGGCUGCUGGAUUGCUUGAUGAGGUGUAUGACAUUUACAAUCCAAAUGCAAACUAUACUAGAGGAUUGUGUCAAGCUAUUGGUGUUCGGGAGUUUGAAGAAUUUUUUAGAUGUUAUAUACCUGAAGGUGGAUGCAAAAAAGAAAGUGCUGGGCUUAGUCCAAAAAAUUUAAUGGAGUGCAAUGAGAUUUUGAAAGAGAAUAUGAGGUCAAUCCUAACUUCACCUUGUGAUGGCCAACCCAGUUUGCUACUAAAAGAAGCCGUAGAUAAUGUAAAGUUGAAUACUAGAAGACUGGUUCGUCGUCAGAGGAGGCAGCUAAAGAGACUGGAAACUUUGUUUGGAUGGAAGAUCCACUAUGUUGAUUCCACGGAAUAUAUAACAUGCAAGGUGGAGGAUUCAUGGACUGCACACGUCGUUGAACCAGCAGUCCAGAUAAUUAGAUCUUUUCUUACAGAUGGUUCGGCGACCGAGACAAUGAAACCACACAGUUCAGAGCUAAUCAAGAAGGACUUGUGGACACAGUAUAUAUGCCAGGCUUGUGGAAAUAAAGUAUUAAGAGGAGCACAUGAAUGGGAACAACACAAUCAAGGUCGAACACAUCGAAAACGAAUGUAUCGGCUUAGGAAGAAGUGUGAAGGCCUUUCCUUGCUGCACCAGAAACUACCUCCUCAAGAAUAACUCUUAUGGCUUCCAAAUUUGGUAUUACAAAGUAAUAUUGGCAUUGUUUAUUUUGACCUUUUAUUCACAGGGUAGAUUUAGAAGUCUUGAUCACGGUUUAGGUUUUAGAUUUAGUUUAUAUUUUUCAUCCAUUUUGAUUAUUUUUAAUAUAAUUAAGUUUAAAACUAAAAUAUUGAGUUAUUUUCGAAUCUAACGAAAUGAAUUAUAAUAUUUACAAAAUAUUACAAUCUAUUUACCAUUAACCACAAUAUAGUAUGCUACUUA